UGCUUUACACCAGCCGCGAAGCGUACGUAGUACGUAGCCACUAGCCAGAGAAAGGUGCCCCACCGUAUUCGAUAUUAGAGAGGAGCUUCUUGAAGACCCCGGUGGUGGUGGUGGUGGUGGCACCAGGCAGGGAGAAACGGGCCUCUGGGCCCAAUCUGUCCUCAGUUCCCAUGCGAAGCUCCAUUCAAUAUCGUUCAGUACAUGCCCGGUCCUGUGGAUAUCAUGUUGCUUACCGCGAGUUAACCACCCCCUCGGUUCAGUUAACACGUGAAGUCGGUGUAGUGUGACUGCGGAGAGAUCGACGAAGAAAAAGAGGCUGUGUUGUUCGCGAGCGACGAAUCGAGAAGACACGCCAUGCGCUUCCUGAAACUGAUUAUCGUAACGACCCUGGUUGCCGCGACCGUCGCCAAAGAUGAGCCUCCGAAAAGCCGGGACAAGAGGCAACAGGUCGCAUUCUAUCCGCGACGAGGAGCUAGACCGCCGCCUUACGCGGUCCAAAUGGAGCCGAUCGUUCAAUAUUCCCAGAGAGAUCCGCUCUACAAUCCCCUGGCGAGCUCGAAGAGCGACGACCUUUACGAGGAGGGCCCGUUGAACUAUUAUCCUACCGAACCGGAGCCGAUCAUCGAAAUUAUCAUCAAGGAAUCGAACGAAUCUUUGCCCACGCCCGUGCCGCCCCCACCGCCGCCGACGCCGAGGCCAACUAAAGAGCCUAUACAGGUGUUCUACGUGAAAUACGAGAAGAAGAAAGGUUACGGGGACAAAACCCGUGUCGUCUACGAGCCGCCGGUACCCGCGCUGACACCUGUCGAAGAGCACGAAGAGAUCAAGCCUGAUAACCCGGCGCCUUACCAAGAAGAACCUGUUCACACAGCGACGCCGGCACCGUCGGAACCGUCCACGACUUUGAGAGCGAUUAUUCGACCGGACAGUGAAGUGUACCAUUCCGGUUCUAGCGGGAUACGCGUUACCUUCGGCACGGAACAGGUGCCGCCGAACAAUCAUAACAAGCGCAGCGACCUGGAGACACCUCCUACCCAACACUCGAAACCAGCCUCUACUCCGCCCGGCUCGCCGAAGAGACAGCACGGCCCCUAUCAGCCGAUCCAACCGGCGCAUCAAAGAGUGCCGUCCGCGUUUCCGCAACAGAGGAUCGCUAAUUCGUUCCCACAGCAAACGCUGCAACAGCCGCCUCAGCAACCACCUCUAGGCUUCUUGCAGCAACAGCCCGCGUUCCCACCACCGCCGCCGCAGACGAGAAACCCGUUGCCAAGGCCCCAACGGCUGCCUAUUACGAUACAAGGCUUGCCGGAAGUACAGCAACGCGCACCGUUCAGCAGCUUCAAUGGGCCGCCUCAUCGUGUGAGCAUCAAUCAUCCGCAGCAACCAGGAUUUCCUCCUACGCUCUCGGUUUCCCAUCAAAGUGUACAGAUACAAAAUCAACCGUUGCCGAUCAACCAGGCCAAUCCGUUCAACGUGGAUCAGCAGCAACCGGCGCAGCAACCACCGCAACAGCCUUUGCCCGUUUUCAAGCAACAGGAAUUAGAGAAGCAAAGAUACCACGAGCAACGCCGCCAGCAAGAGCUGCUGAAGCACCGCGAGCACCAAAGGCAACACGAGCAACAGAGGCUUCAAGAGCACCAGAGGUUCUUAGAGCAACAGAGACACUCGGAGCAACAGAGACACUCGGAGCAACAGAGGCACGUCGACCAGCACAGGCAAGUGGAGCAACAGAGAUUGCUGGAGCAACAAAGACACCAGGAGCAGUUGAGGCAGCAGGAUCACCAGAGGCUGCAGGAGCAGCAGAGAAUACAGGAGCAGCAAAGGAUACAGGAGCAGCAGAGAAUACAGGAGCAGCAGAGGGUGCAAGAACAGCAAAGGAUUCAGGAACAGCAAAGGAUCCAGGAGCAACAAAGGAUACAAGACCAACAACGGAUACAAGACCAACAACGGAUACAAGACCAACAGCGACUGCAAGACCAACGCAGAAGGAAGCAAGAACAGGAACAGAAGCUGUUGCAAGAGCAACAGUACCGGGCCCAGUUGAAGUACAAUCAACCGCAACCGGUACCGGGUAUACCGCAAAUACCGGUUCAGCCACAGGCUCAGAAACCCGGCGGAGAGAUAUUCAAAGCUGUUCCAAAAUUAGAGCAGCACUACGCGAUUCGAGAGAAUCCGCUACAUCCCGGCCCCUUCCCGCCUAAUCCUCUGAUCCAGCCGACGGGAUUUCCGGAACCGUCGCAGAGCCAGUACAGCUUGAUCCAAUCGCCGAGCCCGUCGCCGGAAAGUCAAGCUUUAAUACGAAAUCCGUCGAAUCAAUUUCUGAACGACCAACAACAACACCUGAACACGAAGCAACAGAUCUUCCAGAAUCAACAGCAAUCAUUUUUCUCGCAGAAUCUACAAAAUUCGCAGCAACAGCUGCAAUCGCAACCGCCGCAACCGUCGCGGUUCCCGUCCUCGUCCCAGAGAUCGUCGAUCUGGGCGCGACCGUCCUAUUCGUUGAACCCCUCUCAGAAGAUUUACGCAACGCCGGUAACCAACACGGAAGAUUUCAACGCGAUAUCCACGAUUAGACCAUUCAUCUCGAGCACAACGCCCGCCGCUACCACAACGACCGCGACGACCACGACGACGACGACGACCGAGGCACCAACGACGACCACCGUUUCCCCAAAGAGCGAAGCUAGAAUUCGGGAGAAUAUCGCGAACCUGCCGGACGAGGUGCCGGACGACAUCAGGGAGCAGUUGCUGAGCUCCGGCAUUUUGGGUAACGCCGACAUACAAAUACUGGAUUACGACAAGGUCGGCGACAUACCGAUCGAGAAACUACCGCCAGAGGCCCUGGCGAAUUUCUACGGCGCCGGAGGGGCUUCCGCGGUGGCUGCCAGCGAACCGGUACCGGCCAUCAUCAAGAAACCCAAAACGGCAGACUCGUCCGACUCUUCCGCGACCUCUUCUUCCGUCGUUUCUACAGUCGUUCUGCCGAAGAAGACGACGGCCACCGGCAGCUCGACUAAGUUCGAGCAGGCCACUCUGCGCCCGGGAGGCGUGGAGAUGAAAGUAGUACGCUUCGAUCCGAAUACGGAGCAAGGCCAGGCGAUCGCGGAUCAGCACAUACGCGAUGAUGCUACCAGGCUGAGCCCCGUAACCGUGGGAGCCAGGGACGAGGCUCAGUAUAAUCGUUACCUGCCGCUCAAAGUGAGCGGCGCGUCUUUUCCUAUCCCUGAUGCGCCCCAGCUGAACGGUCGGAAGAUUUCCAGCGUGGUCGUGUUGGCGCCCGUCGAUUAUAACUUUCAAGACGAGAAGGAGACCGAGUCGAGGCAGAGCAGGCGGGCCAGCGACGUGCAAGCAGUCAAGUUUCUCGCUGGCGAGACGUUGAAGCAAUUGGUGAAAAAGCCAUCCGCGGAGAACUACAAGAAGUGGUUGGAGCAAGAGAGUCGCACCGAGCCGCAGAAGCAGUCGGUGGUUCUCCUGGUAACCAUGCCAAAAGACCAAGUUGACCAAGGCGAGAAGGAGAUCUUCAUGUAUGACGUCGUCUCGCAAUCCGUCAGCAAAUUGUCCGGCGAUUUGUCCACAGCAUUCGUGGAUGCCGCCGAGAGCAAUUCUGACAGUAAUUUCGACGACUCGAAUUUCACGUCCCACUAACUACUUACGCCGUACGAACAAAACUCUAUGGCAUACCAUAGUAGACAGUUUACGUACUUCACGAACGAAGGAUACAUCUUUAGCGUGCCAAGCCUGGAUAUACAAUAUGAAACGCGUUCUGUCAUCCUACAUGUUACCCUAAGAUUACAACGAACGUGAAAAGAAAAAAGGUUUCAGAGAGGUAAAGGACAUAAAAAUACAACUCUACCCUUUGUAGAUAUUUUAAUUAUGUAUUAUUAUGUAUAUACUGAUUUUCUA